CGGCUCUCCCUCGCGUGCCCCAUCGGCCGUUUUCCCGGGACACAACAGCGUUUGUUUGUGUUUCUUCUUUCCUGUUUUGUCACAAUGGAGCUCGAUGGAAAUUAGCAACCGUCUGCCACUUCAGGAUAUAAUCGUUACCUUUGGAGAAUGAUUCACCGGCAGGUUAUUUUAUCCCAGGUUUUGGUCUGCUUUGGGUUGACUGGUCAUUAUGCUGAUGCAGCUCUGUAGUAUCAAGAACUUGUACCAGAACCGGUUCCUGGGCCUGGCGGCCAUGGCCUCCCCGACCCGGAACAGCCAGACCCGCCGGCGCUGUAAGGAUGUGGGUCGCCUCGGCUUCAGCACAGAGACCCAGACUGUCACUGGGCUGAACCAGGAGGCCUUCAUGCUGGGGCUGCAGCGAUCCACCAGUGACACCGAUCUUGUCUCCCCAGAAACCCGGUCCACUCUCACUGUCAGCUCCUCCCACUACACCAUUGGCCAAUCCCAGGAGCUGGUGAUCACAUGGGACAUCAAGGAGGAGGUGGAUGCUGGGGAUUGGAUCGGAAUGUACCUUGUUGAUGAGGUUUUGUCGGAGAACUUUCUGGACUAUAAAAACCGAGGUGUCAAUGGUUCUCAAAAGGGACAAAUUGUUUGGAAGAUCGACUCGAGCUCCUGCUUCACUGAGUCUGAGACCCAGGUCUGCUUCAGGUAUUACCACGGUGUGACAGGAGCACUGAGGGCAACCACACCAAGCAUCACCAUCAAGAGCGUCUCUGCACCUGUAUUGAAGCCAGUAGUUAGUCCUGAGGCCAACCAGGGGCCAGGCAACAGGAGACUCAUUAACUUCUCCCUGUCAGACCUCCAGGCAGUGGGUUUGAAGAAGGGGAUGUUCUUUAACCCCGACCCCUACCUGAAGCUCUCCAUCCAGCCUGGGAAGCACAGCAUCUUCCCCUCCCUGCCGCACCACGGCCAGGAGAAACGCUCCGGUAUCGUCUGCAACACUGUUAACCCACAGUGGAACACAGAGAGGUUUAACUUUGUGUCUCUGCCCACUGACGUCCUGGAGAUUGAAGUGAAAGAUAAGUUUGCCAAAAGCCGGCCCAUUAUCAAGCGUUUCCUUGGAAAACUCUCAGUUCCUGUCCAGAGGCUGCUGGAGAAACAUGCCAUCGGGGAUCGGGUGGUGAGUUAUUCUCUGGGUCGCAGGUUGCCAACAGAUCACGUCAGUGGCCAGCUACAGUUCCGCUUUGAGCUGACUUCUUCUAUCCACCCAGAUGAUGAGGAAGUCUCCCUGGUCAUAGAGCCAGCAUGUCCUGAGAGAGAGGACCAGGAGGCCGUAAACCACACCGCUGAUGCUCCUGAUGAUGACACACUAAGCCUUGGACCCGACAUGCCUGACCUUCCCUUGGAUGGCACCCCUGACGUGGAGACCUCCAGCCAGCCAACCUCUCCAGCUGGGGUCUCUGUACCUGAGGAAGUCCAUCCUGAGGAGCAGCAGCAGGAAGAAGAGGAGGACCCUGAGGAAACAGGAACCAUGGAAGAGGAGAACACAGUGAGGGAGGCCCACCCAACCAUCACCAACCCUGAGAUGGACACAGAGGAUGGAGGCUUGGCCGAACAGGGGCAAGAGGACAUUAGAGAAGAAGGACGAAGGGAAGAGGGAGCAGAGGAGGAGGACAGAGGAGAGGCUGAACCCCAAACUGAGGAGGAGGUGAUGGUAGCUGUGGAAGAAGGGCAGGUUAGGGAGAAAAUACAGUCAAAACUGGACUCUGAAAAUCCUGAGAAUGAAGGGGUUUCCACUGUGGAGGCUCCUACAGAGGGAGAUAGAGGAUCCCAAGAAACUACAGAAAUAGAGGGGGUGGCCAUAAAGGGUGAGAGCGAAGGAGGAGGCUGCCACCCUUGUGCCUGCCAGUCCCACUUCACAAACUUUAACUCCCAUGCCCCUUCGCGGCGUAAAACCCGUCCCUGCUCCCUUCCGGUUUCAGAGCUGGAGACAGUGAUUGCAUCGGCCUGCGGCGAGCCAGAGACCCCCCGAUCCCAUUACAUCCGAAUCCACCACCUCCUCCACAGCCUCCCGUCCGCCCAACAGCGAGCUCCCAGUCAAGAAGAGGAGGAGAACAGGGAAGGAGAGAGCACCACCACCACUCAGGACACUACCUCCACAUCACCAACGCUUAAAACCUCCAAAGACGGGCAGGAUGGGCAGGAGGACGAAGACGAGGAGGAGGACGAUACAACCCAGUCUCCCACUCAGGUCCCAGAGUGUCCGGGACCCUGCUGCCGACGCUCUUUACCCCGCAGCCUCUCCAUUGAGCGCCUCUCAGAACUCAACCAGCUCCUCGAGGGCGAGAGAGGAGGACAGGUAGGAAGAGAGGGAGGAGACCGGAGGCUGUCUCCCUCCUGCCCGGCCAGUGAGGGGGGGGAUUCUUGUAACGGAGGAGGAAGAGGAGGUGGGAGCAGCACCUCCAGACCUCCAGGUGAAAGCGAGUGCGAGCUGUGUGACCACUCAUGCUACAGCACCUCCUGCUACAGCACCUCCUGCUAUAGCACGUCUUGUUACAGCAACUCGGGCUACGAGGGCAGGAGCCGCUUCUGCAGCCACACACGCCUCUCCUCGGUGGACAGCACCCGGCUCUCCGGCAGCACCGUGUUCUCCUCCCAGGAUGAAGAUGAGGACGAGGAAGAGAACAGCGCAUUUGAGUCGGUACCAGAUGCUGGUCACAGCCCAGAGAACAGGGAGGCGGGUGGUGCAGGAGGAGAGAGGAGGGCGGGGAGAUGGAGAGAGGCCAGGAGAGGUGAGCAUGGCGAGCCAGCCAUGGCAGGACCCAGUGAUGGAAACAGCAUCGGCCCAGGCCUCCCCCCUCCUGUUGGCCAUGUUCCAGUCCUGAGACCAAGCCAUGACCUAAACCAUUUCCCUGCCGCCACUGACCAAGCCUUACCUCCAAACUGGGAGGCUCGGAUUGACAGCCACGGCAGAGUGUUCUACGUCGACCACGUCAACCGCACCACAACCUGGCAGAGGCCGAGCCACGCCACCAAGUGUCAGCACGGACUCCCUCGCUCAGGAUCCACCCAGCAGAUGGAGCAACUCAACAGGAGGUACCAGAACAUCCAGAGAACCAUGGCCACUGAGGAGGACUGUGGGAGUCGCAGGCCAGAGCUGAGUGGCAGCACAGAGCCAGAUGCUGAUUCUACACAGACAGGCCCUGCCUCACCUGUCAAUCACCAGAAGAUCAGCCUGCUCCUCCAGUCUCCUGCUGUCAAGUUUGUCACACACCCAGAGUUCUUCACCGUGCUGCAUGGCAAUUAUGGAGCUUACCGGAUGUUCACCAGCAGCAGUUGUGUGAAGCACAUGAUCCUGAAGGUGCGUCGUGACGCCAGGAACUUUGAGCGCUAUCAGCACAACCGGGACCUGGUCGUCUUCCUCAACAAGUUUGCCGACACUCAGCUGGAGCUGCCAAGAGGUUGGGAAAUCAAGACCGACCCCCAGGGCAAGUCAUUCUUUGUGGAUCACAACAGUCGUGCCACGACUUUCAUCGACCCUCGGAUCCCCCUGCAGAACGGCCGCCUGCCCGGCCACCUCACUCAUAGACAGCACCUGCAGAGACUACGCAGCUACAGUGCCGGAGAGGCCUCUGAUGUGUCCAGGAGUCGGGGGGCGUCUCUGAUGGCAAGGCCUGGAAACAGCCUUGUAGCUGCCAUACGAAACCAGUACCAUCCUGACUCUCUACAGCUAGCUGCUCCAUCUUACAACGACAAGAUUGUGGCAUUUCUGCGACAGCCAAACAUCUUUGACAUGCUACAGGAGCGACAGCCAAGCCUGGGCAGAAACCACGCGCUGAGAGAGAAGAUCCACUACAUUCGGACAGAGGGGACCCAGGGGGUGGAGAAGCUUUCCUGUGAUGCAGAUCUGGUUAUGCUGUUAAGUUUAUUCGAAGAGGAAAUUAUGUCUUAUGUCCCUGCUCAUCCUGUCCACCCUGGCUUUGGCUUCUCUCCACGCUGUUCCCCUGCCUCCUCACCACAGAACUCACCUGGCUUACAGAGGGCCAGGGCUCCAGCUCCUUACCGCAGAGACUUUGAGGCCAAACUACGCAACUUCUACAGGAAACUUGAAGCCAAGGGCUACGGUCAGGGACCAGGCAAGAUCAAGUUGCUGAUCAGGAGAGAGCAUCUGCUGGAGGGAACCUUUAACCAGGUGAUGGCGUACUCCCGCAAAGAGCUGCAGAGGAACAAACUCUACGUCACCUUUCUGGGGGAGGAGGGGUUAGAUUACAGCGGGCCGUCCAGGGAGUUUUUCUUCCUCUUGUCUCAGGAGUUGUUUAAUCCAUACUACGGCCUGUUUGAAUACUCAGCCAACGACACCUACACCGUUCAGAUCAGCCCCAUGUCGGCAUUUGUUGAGAACCAUCUGGAAUGGUUCCGUUUCAGUGGUCGUAUCCUGGGCUUGGCACUGAUCCACCAGUACCUGCUGGACGCUUUCUUCACCAGACCUUUCUACAAGGCCCUGCUUCGACUGCCGACAGACCUAUCUGAUCUGGAGUAUCUAGAUGAAGAGUUCCACCAGUCCCUGCAGUGGAUGAAGGACAACGACAUCACUGACAUCCUGGACCUCACCUUCACUGUCAAUGAGGAGGUCUUUGGACAGGUGACGGAGCGGGAGCUAAAGUCAGGCGGCUCCAACCUCCAGGUGACUGAGAAGAACAAGAAGGAUUAUAUAGAAAGAAUGGCCAAGUGGAGGGUGGAGAGAGGAGUGGUGCAACAGACCGAGGCACUGGUCAGAGGUUUCUAUGAGGUGGUAGACUCCAGGCUGGUAUCGGUGUUUGAUGCCAGGGAGCUGGAGCUGGUGAUCGCUGGUACUGCAGAGAUUGACCUCAAUGACUGGAGGAGCAACACUGAAUACAGAGGAGGUUAUCAUGAUGGCCACAUAGUGAUGCGGUGGUUCUGGGCCACUGUGGAGCGAUUCAACAACGAGCAGCGCCUCCGCCUGCUGCAGUUUGUCACCGGGACAUCCAGUGUGCCCUAUGAAGGCUUCGCCUCACUACGGGGAUCCAACGGCCUAAGACGCUUCUGUAUCGAGAAGUGGGGGAAAGUCACGUCACUACCCAGGGCUCAUACUUGUUUUAAUCGUCUAGAUCUCCCUCCGUAUCCAUCUUACACCAUGCUCUAUGAGAAACUGCUAAUUGCUGUGGAGGAAACCAGCACUUUCGGCUUGGAGUGAGACAGAUCACCAAUCCAAACUACACUGUUUUUUUUUAUGGAAUGCUGGCUGGGCCAAAAAGAAAAAAAAAUCAAGAUGAUCCAAGUGAAUCAGCAGCAGCGAAUCAUGUCAGAAAUGUUUAACCCAAUUCAGUGGAUCGUGUUGACUUAUUGAACAAAGUUUUUGGUCAUGUGAAUAUAUGUAAGUCACUGUAAUGGUACUGUGUGUUUGAAGCUCUAAGAGUGUGGGCUUUACUUAGCAUUGACGAUCUUUAUGACAGUACCCAGCACUUAAGGUACCACAACGGGACAACUGUUAUUUUUCUAUUAACCAUUAAGACUGAAGAAUCCUGAAAAACUACAAUGUCUUUUUUAUAUUUAUAUAUAUGGCAUACCCAAAGAAUGGGUAUGAAAAAGGGAAGAUCAUUUAAAGUUGCAUGUACUGAUACACAUCAUCCAUCCAGUAAUAGUAAUAACAGUAGAUAAAGAUCAAAUAAAGAUAAAACCAAAUGCAAAAAGUAAAGAAAUGUAAGGAAAACAAGAAUUUAGCAGUUAUGCAAGAAUUUAAAAGCUACCAAUGAAAAGGAGGUCAUAAAACAGUUACUAAUGUAUCUUUAUAGAAAUGCAAAUCUAUAAAAGUGAGUUUGUGGCAGCGGUUCAAAAGAUGAUGCAAAUUUAGCCAAGCUCCUCAGGUCAAUGCAAAGUCCAGGAGGCAUGAUGGCAAAGUACUGACAGGGACUUUCCACCUAUUCCUAAGAAAACACAAUGUGAGCAAGCAAAAUAAGGGUGGCACAAAACAACAAGAAAGAGCCAGUAGUUUCAAUGAAGAUGUUCACACUUGCAGCAGGUGUCAGUACAAUUUGUGACCAGGGGCACAGGUGUACCACACCGCCAAAGUACUGCUGUUGGCUGGAAACCGCAUUGAACUUCUGUGUUUUUCCUGCUGGGGAGAGUAGAGAUGGACGA